ACCGCAAGAUCGUGACCUGGCUGAAGUCGGACGCUUAACCGACUGCGCCACCCAGGCGCCCCGCAAACUUUGAAUUUGAAAGUGGUUAGGCUAUGGGUUUUAUUUAAAGUCAUAGAGGCACCUGGUAAAUAACGUGUUGAAAGGAUGGAUGGAUGGAUGGAUGGAUGGGUACAUACUGCCUAGGUAGAUCUAUAGGUCAGUCUCCAUGGUGGGAUGGGAAGACGCAGGUGGGGAGAAAGUCAGGCUUGUUCCAUGAACUCUGUGAGCCCCCGGUGGAGUUAGCACUUAUACAGAAAAGGACAUCAUCACCUCUUUGCCCUGACUCCUCUCCACUCCAUGGAAGCUGGCAACUCCCAGAGGCCAACAAAUGAAUCAUCAAUUCCUGGUCACCCAGAGCAAAAUUCUGACCCUCUCCCCAAGCCCAAGGCCUCCUUCUCCCCCUGAACCCCAAUUCCCUAACAUUUUCUCUUCUUCACCAGGUAUCUCUCGGGAGUAUCCCAAGAUUCUCAACGGCACUAAUGGGACCAGCGGGUUUCUCCCGGGGGGCUACACCUGCCGCCCCCACUCUCAGCCCUGGCAGGCAGCCCUACUGGUGCAAAAGCGGCUGCUCUGUGGGGGAGUCCUUGUCGACCCCAAAUGGGUCCUCACUGCAGCACACUGUCUGAAGGAAGGGUACAGAGUUUACCUGGGCAAGCAUGCCCUGGGGCGUGUGGAGGCCGGAGAGCAGGUGAGGGAGGUAGUCCGCUCUAUCCCCCACCCUCAAUACCAGAUCAGCCCCACCCACCUGAAGCAUGACCACGACAUCAUGCUUCUGGAGCUGCAUUCACCGGUCCAGCUCACGAACCACAUCCGUGUUGUGCCCCUCUCCCAAGACUGCCUCCCUGCCGGCACCUGCUGUCGGGUGUCUGGCUGGGGCACCACCACCAGCCCCCAGGUGAGUUACCCCCCAACCUUACAAUGUGCCAACAUCCAGCUUCGCUCAGAUGAGGAGUGUCAUCAGGUCUACCCGGGGAAGAUCACGCCCAACAUGCUGUGUGCCGGCACAGAAGAGGGUGGCAAGGACUCCUGUGAGGGCGACUCCGGGGGCCCACUGAUCUGUAAUGGAACACUCCAUGGCAUCAUCUCCUGGGGAGACUUCCCAUGUGGGCAGCCCAACCGGCCUGGUGUCUAUACUCGAGUCUCUCAAUAUGUUGUGUGGAUCCGAGAAACAAUUCAAAAACACAGAACCCAAGAGUGGAAACGGACGAAGGGGAAGGGCCCACAGUAAAAGCUGGGUUGGCUCACCUGCCUCCUUCCUCCCUCCCUCCCUCCCUCUGCACCCUCCUCACUCCAUUGGCCCAGCCCUUCUCUGCCCCUCCCAAAGUUCCACUUGAACCAGUGAUCCGUAUUCUCAGAACCUCUGAUCCCAGCCGACAUUUCGUGUUUCAGAAGCAUUCAGUCACUUCCAAUAUCAUGGUCUCCCACAUACUGCAUCCUGAAAUACCUCAGUACCCUCAGCAUCCCAACCCAAUGUUCCAGGACUCCCACUGUUUCAACAGAAUCCCAGAUAGCCAUCUGAAUGUUCUGUCUGUGGAAUACCCUUAAAUACAUUCAUUGACUCAUCUCAACAAUACUCUAUGUCCCAUGAAUGGAACUUCCUUGAUAUCGUGCCAAACCCCUUCACAUAUUUCCUGACUACCAACAUUCUAGACACUUCUGUGUUUGGUGCCCAAGAAGGUUCUAGACUUCUGCGACAUUUCAUCUUGAAAAUAUUCUCUUGGACUCAGAAUCUUCUGCCCCAACAAUUUUCUAGGCAUAUCUGAAUGAUUAAUCAUAGCACAGCUAAUAUUGGAUCCUCAUAAUGGUUCGUUCUCACCUAGUUUUGGGUCUCCCAAAUGUCCCAUCCCUACCUACAUCCCAUAUUUUGCCAGUAUCCCCUGUCUCUGAAUCCCCUUGCUCACGAAAGAUCAACAGCACACUAGACUAGAGUUUUGGGGUUCAGGGCCCUGAGGGGCUUCCACACCUGGACCCUGUUUUCUGCCAGGUAUCGUCCUUUCAUCUCCCCCACAAGCAUCUUCACCCUCAGUGACCCCAAUACGCAGUGGUUAAAUGCCCAAGUCACCGAGUCCCUGAUUUGAGCAAGUCUUGAAACUCACUGCCUCUCUGUUCUUUUGUCUGUAAAUGGGGCUUCUCAUUUUUCCUCCUAACAUUGUUAUUAUAAACUUCAAGCACUUCCACUAUGA